CUGACUCUCCGCCGCCGCGCAAAGAGCGCCGCGGGCAAGGAGACGCCGGACGCGCGCGCAGACACGCAGAGCGCCCCGACGAAGGCGGUCGUCGUCGCGGCCGCAGUAGCAGAGCUUGCGAGCGCCGGUGGCACGAACUGCAUCGCUUCGUCUAGUCGCACACACGCACACGUUCAGGCUCUUCAUAGUCUGACUGGUGGUCCUGCACAGCGCGGCGUUACGGUAUUGCUGUUGUGACUGUACUGCAUCCAGUGUGCCACCACGCCGUCUUCGUUGUUCGGCUCGGAUCCCGGCUGUUUGGCUAGGAUGGGACAUUGUACCAGUAAGGAUCAAAAAGAGGGUAAACGCCUCAAUCGACGUAUCGAUGAACAGAUCAAGAAGGAUCAGUCGAUGUCGUUGAGAAUCAUCAAGUUAUUGUUGCUAGGUGCUGGUGAAAGUGGAAAAAGCACAAUUCUCAAGCAGAUGCGGAUAUUGCAUAAGGAUGGCUUUUCUCAACAAGAUUUGGAAAUGAUACGUCCAGUUGUCUACUCAAAUUGCAUACAUUCAAUGUUGUCAAUACUUCGGGCUAUGUUUCAUCUGCAAAUUGAAUAUGCCGAUAAUGACAGAGUGCGGGACAGUCAGUUAGUUUUCGCAACCGUCCAUGCGAAUAAAGAAGAAUUGACAGAGGAAUUGGCUGCUGCCAUGCAACGACUAUGGGCCGAUGAGGGAGUUCGGGAAUGUUAUCGGCGUAGCAAUGAGUACCAAAUAGACGACAGUGCUAAAUAUUUUCUGGACAAUUUACCUCGACUUUCAUCGUUGAAUUAUAUACCAAGUGAACAAGAUUUAUUGCGGACGCGAAUUAAAACCACUGGAAUCACGGAAGUUUUGUUCGAGCUCAAAGGAUUGACGUUUAGGGUGAUCGACGUGGGCGGACAACGGUCUGAACGAAAGAAAUGGAUUCACUGUUUCGACAAUGUAAAUGCAAUAAUUUUUAUCAGUUCACUGUCAGAAUACGAUCAAACCUUGAGGGAGGACAAUUGCACGAAUCGAAUGCAGGAAUCGCUAAAACUGUUUGAUUCGAUUUGUAACAGUCCAUGGUUCGCCGACAUUCAUUUCAUCCUCUUUUUGAACAAAAAGGAUUUAUUCGCUGAGAAAAUUCAGCGCAGUCCAUUGACGAUCUGUUUCCCAGAAUAUAAAGGACAACAGAAUCAGACUGAAUGCAUCAACUACAUUCAAUGGAAAUUCGAGCAGUUGAAUAGAUCGUCGCAGCGAGAGAUUUACUGCCAUCACACAUGUGCCACAGACACGAACAAUGUACAAUUUGUACUCGAUGCAUGCUUGGACAUGAUAAUCGCAAAAAAUCUAAAAAGUAUGGGCUUGUGCUAGUGCCAAAUGGGAACUAGAAGACACACUACGUUAUUUGCUUCUACAUUAUAUUCUUUGUUUAUUAGCCUCUCCUCUAGCUUUAUCCUACUCAUUGAGAGUCCCAGUGGCGUCUCCGACUUAUUGCAAUCGAUUUUUCACUCAGUUCGGGUUUCUGUAUUUUGCUGUUACUUUUGUCGUUUUGUAAUGGAGUUCUAUGG